CAUGGAAAUGACUAAAUAUAGCCCGCCCUUCCAAUUCCACCCCUAAAAAAUUCUCCAUUUAUAAGGCAACGAUUGUGAGAAGUCAAGUUAGUAACUUAUCAGGCGAGUAACAUAACAGUUUGUACCAUAUCAGACUAAUACGAGACCUCAGAAUAAACUCUAUUACAAUGGCGUGUGAUUUGCUUGGAGGUCUUUUGCUUAUUGUUGCCGUCAUGCAAAGCGCCAUCGGACUACAAUCCAAAGAAGUUUGCCUGUUGCAAAUUGAAGAAGGAACGUGCAAUGACGACAUCCAGCGUUAUUACUACAAUACAAUCACUCAACAGUGUGAAGAAUUCAGCUAUAGCGGUUGUGAGGGAAACGCAAACAACUUCAAGUCCUUUCUGGAAUGUCAGAAAACAUGCUUCAGGAUUCCAAAAAUCCCCCAGAUCUGUCGUUUUCAAAAGAAAGAGGGGCCCUGCCGUGGCCUCUUCAAGUGUUAUUUCUUCAAUAUGACCUCCAUGCAGUGUGAACCCUUCACUUAUGGUGGUUGCCAAGGGAAUGAAAACAAUUUUCAAAACCUUCAGGAAUGUAUUGAAUAUUGCAGACCUCCUAAAACAAUCCCUGUGAUUUGCAAUGAUAUUUUGGACAAAGGAAAGUGCUUAGCUUCCAUCCCAAGAUAUUACUACAACUCUGCUACAAAGACAUGCGAGGAGUUCAUAUACACAGGAUGCGGAGGAAGCAACAAUAACUUUAUCUCCAAACAAAGCUGUGUGGAUGUUUGUGGUAAAAAUGGUAGCAAACGUUGGAGCCCUAGUAAAAAGUCUGUAAGAGUUUCCAAAGAAUACCUAAGACGAGUAAAGUCCCAGCCACCAAAGGAGAAGUCAGCCAAAUAAUGGUUUAUGAAAUCGCUGGCACUGUAUUACUGACAAAGACGAUUGCACUGAUUUGACAGUAUUGGAAUUGAAGGCAGCAGUUCAUACACAUCUCACUGUAUAUAUGAUAUUGAUUGUUUU